GCUGGAUACCAAACUGAACACAGAGAGAGAUAGAGAUAGAGAGAGACAGAGAGAGUGUUGGGUAAAAGAGGAAAAAAGAAGAGGGGCCACUUUCCAUCUCAGUCUGAUCAUUGAUUCCACUUGGGUUGGGUUUAAACCAAAUUUUCUUGAUCAUGGGUUUGCUUUGAAAAUGUUUCACUCUUGAUGCUUCUUUCGGUCUAUACAGUGCUGUGGGGGGCAGAAAGAACCAGUUAUAGAAAAAGGCCAAUUUUUUUCUCCUAUCUCAUUGAUGAUUCCCUCACAGGUUGCCAAAAUGACGACUGGGUUUGGUUCAGCUUGUUGUUUGACAUGAUUAUUACUUCUCGGUGUCCUUCUAAAGAGGUCUGUGGAGAAAAACUUGGUGCUAGAUCAUUAAAUAGAGAAGUAGAGGAGAGAUAUGAAGAGGUUGGACCAAUUUGUUUUCUUGGCAUGGUGGAUAAUUGGAGCUGGGUUUCUUGGAAAAGGAACUGGGUUUCUUGCAAUUUCACCUUGUUCUUGUGCCUGCUUCGUGGGUUUGCCAUAAAGCAUUGGUCUUGAUGAGCUUGGUGAGGUGGGUUUGGUUAAGAGUUUAGUGGGUUUUUUCUUUCUUUUUUUUUUCAGCAAUUUACCUUCUUGUGGAAUUGCCACUGUGGGUUUCUUUAAGAGGUCUGAUUUUGAUGACUUGUUCUGCCGGAACUGGGGGUUUUCUCAAGCUUUCAAGGCUCUUCGUGGAGAUACAUAGGUGGGUUUUGGUUAAAAUGUCUCUGGAUUGCAAGCUCUCUGGGUUUAAUGGAAGAUUACCCACCUGUUCCAAGUUGAAGAAGACAAAAGAACAGUUGCACGGGCCUAAUUCUGUCAGAAAAUGGAGAAGCAAGCUUCUGUUUCUCUGGCUUAUAUUUCUUGUUACCUUGGGAAGCAUUUGGUUUUUCUCAAGUUUGAAUGCUGGCACUUUGACGGGGAAGGAUAUGACUCCCGACUCUUGUGAUGGAAAAGCUCAAAUCUUGCUACCGUAUUUCAAUGUCAGCAAGAGCCAGCAUCACGCGUUGGCUUCCUUAUUCUCUGAAUCUGAUCAGAUAACAUCUCUCCAGUGUACCAAAAAUUUAGGACCCAAAAUGCCUUUAAGCAAUAGCGUUGCCUGUGCUCUGAGGUUACCAUGUUCAGAGCUGCAGGACUUUCACAAGCAGCAUAGAUGGAUUGCAGAAAAUGAUGAACCUAGGGACCAAUGCCCAGUUCGAGAUGAGUUCAACCACAGGAAGUUUGACCUGUCAAUUCUAGACAACAAACCUAUGCCAUUUAGUUCGCAAUCUGGAACUUCAUCAAUUUCUAAUCAUCAGAUUUGUGGAAAGAACGUCUUGCUAUCAGGCGUACUGGCAGACUGUGCAAAGGAGCAUUGUCGAAGUUUCUAUACUUUUCUAAAAGUAAGUUGGUUACUCCUCGUUGUAGUUAUAGUGAGCCGAAAGAUGUCUGCCUUGCAUUUAAAUUUUUGGAGGAACCAAAAGAAGAAGCUUCUUCAUCAACUGCCAGUGGCUCAGCAGCAGAAGCAACAACAACAACAUGCUCAUAGUCCUCCUAAAGGUGCUGGAAAGUGGAGGAAGAACCUCCUACUACUAUUUGUGUUACUUGGAUUUACUAUGUCAAUUUGGUUGUUUUGGUACAUGAAUGAAGACAUCAAUUUGAGGAGGGAGGAAACACUAGCCAACAUGUGUGAUGAACGAGCCCGAAUGUUGCAGGAUCAGUUUAAUGUGAGCAUGAACCAUGUUCACGCCUUGGCUAUUCUAGUUUCCACCUUUCACCACGGAAAACAUCCUUCUGCAAUUGAUCAGAAAACUUUUGGUGAAUAUACCGAGAGAACAGCUUUUGAGAGACCACUUACUAGUGGUGUUGCUUAUGCUUUGAAAGUUCCUCACUCAGAGAGGGAGCAAUUUGAGAGGCAGCAUGGAUGGACUAUCAAGAAAAUGGAAACAGAGGAUCAGACUCUAGUCCAAGAAUGUAUUCCAGAAAACUUGGAUCCUGCACCCAUUCGAGAUGAAUAUGCACCUGUGAUAUUUUCUCAAGAAACUGUCUCCCAUAUUGUCUCUAUUGACAUGAUGUCUGGCAAGGAAGAUCGUGAUAAUAUCUUGCGAGCAAGGGCAACUGGCAAGGGAGUGCUUACGUCUCCUUUUAAGCUAUUGAAAUCCAAUCACCUUGGUGUUGUACUCACAUUUGCUGUCUACAACACUGACCUCCCUCCAGAAGCUACGCCAGAGCAACACAUUGAAGCUACUGUGGGGUAUCUUGGUGCUUCUUAUGACGUCCCCUCACUGGUGGAGAAGCUUCUGCACCAACUUGCUAGCAAGCAAAUGAUUGUGGUGAAUGUUUAUGAUACAACUAAUGCAUCUUCUCCCAUCAACAUGUAUGGUACUGAUGUCAUUGAUACUGGCCUAUUGCACACUAGCAGCCUUGAUUUUGGGGAUCCACUGCGGAAGCAUGAGAUGCAUUGCAGGUUCAAGCAGAAACCUCCUUUACCAUGGACAGCAAUAAAUGCAUCUGUGGGACUCCUAGUUAUUACUUUGCUUGUUGGACAUAUCUUUUAUGCGGCCAUAAGUCGAAUUGCAAAAGUGGAGGAUGACUGUCGGAAGAUGAUGGAACUCAAAGUUCUUGCUGAAGCUGCAGAUGUGGCAAAAUCUCAGUUUCUUGCGACUGUUUCCCAUGAGAUCAGGACUCCAAUGAAUGGUGUUUUAGGCAUGCUGCAAAUGCUGAUGGACACUGAUCUUGAUGCAAUCCAACAGGAUUUUGCCAAAACUGCUCAUGAAAGUGGGAAAGAUCUAAUAUCGCUGAUCAAUGAGGUUCUUGAUCGGGCUAAGAUAGAAUCGGGAAGGCUUGAGCUUGAAGCUGUACCUUUUAAACUGCGUGAUGUCCUUGAUAGUGUUUCAUCACUUUUGUCUGGCAAAUCUAAUGAAAAAAAGAUUGAGUUGGCGGUUUAUGUCUCCAAUCAAGUACCUGAAGUAAUCAUUGGCGACCCUGGACGGUUCAGGCAGAUAAUUACGAAUCUUGUGGGAAAUUCAAUUAAGUUCACUCGUGUCACAGGACAUAUAUUUGUCUCAGUACAUCUGGCAGAUGAACUCGAGGGUGGAUCAGAUACUAUGGAUGAAGUGAUGAGACAAGGCUUGAGUUCAGUUCAAGAAAUGUCCGACAAAACUUAUAAUACAUUGAGUGGGUUUCGUGUAGUUGACAGAUGGAAAAGCUGGGAACAUUUUAAAAGGCUAGGCAGCAGAAAUUCAAUGGAGGAACCCGAAAUGAUCAAAUUACUCGUAACGGUUGAGGAUACAGGUGUGGGAAUACCUCUAGAUGCACAAAACCGCAUUUUUACACCUUUCAUGCAGGCUGACAGUUCCACUUCACGAACAUAUGGCGGGACUGGAAUAGGAUUGAGCAUUUGCAAAUGUCUGGUGGAUCUCAUGGGUGGGGAGAUAGGGUUUGUGAGUGAACCUGGGGUUGGGAGUACUUUUUCAUUUACUGGACUUUUCAGGAAAGUAGAGGCAACUACUCCAGAUACCAAGUGUCAAGAGUACAACCCAGCUCUUUCAGAGUUCCGAGGAUUGAGAGCAUUGGUAAUUGAUAAAAGAAUCAUUCGAGCUGAGGUCACGAGAUAUCAUCUGCAGAGAUUAGGGAUAUCUUCAGAUAUAGCUUUCAGUCUGAAAUCGGCAUGUUCUUAUCUAUCAAGUGCUUGCGACACAAGUGUGUCAGCAAAGUUCGCGAUGGUCCUUAUUGACAAAGAUAUUUGGGAUAAAGAAACAAUUCGCUUAUUCCUUCUUUCUCUUAAAGAUCACAGGGAAAACAACAGGACAGAGUUCCCCAUAAACCUUCCAAAGAUAUUUCUCUUGGUUACUACCCCUGAGGAUCGCGUUGAGCUCAAAUCUGAUGCUUUUGUAGAUAAUGUACUGAUGAAGCCUCUUCGGUUAGGUGUCUUAGUUGCCUGCCUCCAAGAAGCCUUUGGAAGGAGGAAAGUAAACAGACAAAAAUCAUCUACUCUUGGAAGUUUACUAAUAGAAAAGCGAAUUCUGGUGGUUGACGACAAUGCAGUUAAUAGAAGAGUAGCAGAAGGUGCUCUAAAGAAGUAUGGAGCAAUUGUGACCUGUGUAGAGAGUGGCAUGGCUGCUUUAGCAAAGCUUAAGCCACCCCACAACUUUGAUGCUUGCUUUAUGGAUCUCCAGAUGCCAGAAAUGGAUGGGUUUGAAGCGACAAGGCGAAUCCGCAGUUUAGAGAGUAAGGUUAAUGACGAAAUUGCAUCAGGAGAAGCAUCAAUAGAAAUGUAUGGGAAUUUGGCUUAUUGGCACACACCAAUAUUAGCUAUGACGGCUGAUGUGAUUCAGGCUUCAAACGAACAGUGCAUGAAGUGCGGGAUGGAUGAUUAUGUGUCAAAACCAUUUGAAGAGGGGCAGCUUUAUUCAGCAGUGGCACAUUUCUUCUAGUCUGGUUGAUGAGUUAGACUAACAUGACUGGUUGUUUAUCAGUGGUCUAGGCAAGUGGUUGAUCUGUCUUACCUGCAGGAUUGACCCCCAUAGCAUUAGAGUUCUCCACCUAAUGACAAGCUUCACUGCUAUGAGCUGGCAGUUGGGCUAAUUCCGAGUGGAUUUUCUCAGCUUCACGGACAUGGUGAUUUUCAGAAUUACUCUAAUGGAUGUUUUGAAUGAUUCUAGGCGUGUGACCACCAAGACAACCUGUUCAAACUACAUGAGAAUACUGGAGGAAAGCCAUCAAGUGCUUGCCAGUUUAUCACCAUUCCACAUUGUCUGAUCACCCUCCGAGGACCAUAUGACCUGCGGCAGCCUUUCCUGUAUAUAUCCCCUGUUUUUUCGCAUUAAUUUUCAGAUUUUUGGCUCAUUGUCCAUUGAAGUAAGUAGGGUAAGGAUAAGACUAGAAAAAAGAAAGAAGUAGGGUAAGGAUAAAAUGUAAUGAAGCUACAAUAAUCCAUUUUUCAAACUCUGUUGAGAUGGAUGCUCUUUUCUUUCAUCUUCAGAGAAUUUGUAUUAAAAUGUGUCGCUGAAUUGUCACAUAUUUUUUUUGGUAUAGUGAAAUAAUAACUAGCUUGCUUGAUUCAGAUAAAA